AUGGCUCAGGCCAUCGAAACCCCCGGUCAGAUUCCUACAACUGAGUCCCAACCCUUUCCACCCCGAAUCUUAAGCUACAAACCCUCAACAUCUCUAAGCCGUGCCGUGCCUUGUCUGAGGUCGGGCUCGACUUCCACGGCUUUCCAGGUCGGCAACGUGUUCUAUGAGGUACUGUUCUCCGGCACGAAUCUGUGGGCUCCCGUGGCAAACUACGCCUACUUCGGACUCUCCGUGUCUACACUCGUGCUCGGCAGCAUUGCGCUGAUGAUCGCGUCUGAGAUCCUCUUUCGGAUCGAGGAGCUGCCCUCCAAGCAGCAAGGCCGCUUGGUUGAGAAGCUGACGAGACAUUUCCGGCUCAUCCGUGUGCUCUACAUGGCAUCCCUGCUGUCGUGGCUGUGUUCGAUGCUUUUCUCCUCCGUCGUGAAGUAUCCCAAGUUAUGGUGGGCAUCGCUCUCGUGGAGUGCGGGGGGCCUGGCCUCUUUGCAGCAAGUCGCAAAGCUUUGGUAG